CUGGUUUUACGUCUCUCUCUCUCUCUCUUUCAUUUCUUCCUCCAGAAAAAAGAAAUGACAGAUCUGUAUAAGAAACCCUCUCUCUUUCUCUCUCCAUGCAAGCAGUGUUCUUUGAGUUUUUUCGCCAUUUGGAAUAUGGCACGAUGAGAUUACAGGUUAGAAGCUGAUCAAAAUCUACUCCCGGUUAUUAUGAAUCGUUGAUCAAAGUGGGAAAAAAGGAUUAGAAAGCGUCGAAUCAGUAAUUGAAUUACUCUAUCAGAUCAAAGAUUUCACUUUUUUGAAAAUGAUGAGGGGGGCCGCGCUAGUAGCUAUUGCUGCUGCCAUUGGCAACUUGUUACAAGGAUGGGACAAUGCAACAAUUGCAGGGUCCGUUCUUUAUAUCAAGAGGGAAUUCAAGUUGCAAACUGCACCAACGAUCGAAGGGCUAAUAGUAGCCAUGUCACUAAUUGGAGCCACAGUUAUUACAACAUUCUCUGGACCUGUAUCAGAUUCUGUUGGUCGGCGUCCUAUGCUUAUAAUUUCAUCAGUUCUUUAUUUCCUCUCUGGUUUGGUAAUGUUGUGGUCUCCCAACGUCUAUGUCCUUCUAAUAGCACGGCUACUGGAUGGGUUUGGAAUUGGUCUUGCCGUUACUCUGGUUCCUGUCUAUAUAUCCGAGACAGCCCCACCAGAAAUAAGGGGAUUGUUGAAUACACUACCACAGUUCACUGGCUGUGUUGGGAUGUUUUUGUCAUAUUGCAUGGUUUUUGGAAUGUCACUAAUGGAUUCACCAAGUUGGCGGCUGAUGCUUGGGGUUCUUUCUAUUCCUUCAAUUGUUUAUUUUGGCUUGACAGUAUUUUAUCUACCUGAAUCUCCGAGGUGGCUUGUCAGUAAAGGGCGGAUGGUAGAGGCUAAACGGGUACUGCAGGGACUGCGCGGAAGAGAAGAUGUCUCAGGUGAAAUGGCUUUGCUGGUCGAAGGUCUGGGCGGUGGAGGCGGAGCAUCAAUAGAAGAGUACAUAAUUGGACCAGCCAAUGAACUCAGUGACAACGAACAAGCUCCAGAGAAAGAUCAAAUCAGGUUAUACGGAGCGGAAGAAGGAGUCUCUUGGAUUGCGAAACCCGUUACGGGUCAAAGUACUCUUGGCUUAGUCUCCCGCUACGGUAGCAUGGCAAACCAGAGUACCUCUCUCAUCGAUCCAACGGUCACUCUCUUUGGAAGCAUCCACGAGAACCUUGGGGAUAUGGGAGGCAGAAGGAGCAUGCUGUUUUCCAAUUUUGGAAGCAUGUUCAACAUGGGUGAUCAAGGUAAUAAUAAAAAGGAAAACGAGGAUGUGGAGAGCUUGCAAAGGGAAGGAACCGACGGUUCUGGGGUUGACUCGGAUGACAAUCUACGUAGCCCGUUACUUUCACGCCAGGAUACUGAUGUUGAGAAUCCUGCUUCCAAUGCUAUUGAACAAGUCAGUGGUAUGGACAUUGGCGGCGGUUGGCAGCUGGCGUAUAAAGUGUCAGAAGGCAAAGGUGAAGACGGCAACAGAAAGGGGGGAGGGGGACUUAAGAGGAUAUAUUUGCACCAGGAAAAUACCACUGGUUCCCGUCGUGGAUCCGUUCUUUCGCUCGUUGGUGGUGAUGUACAAGUAGAAAGUGAAUGUGUUCAUGCUUCUGCUCUUGUGAGCCAGUCUGCUCUUCCUUCCAAGGAUCUGAUUAGCCAGUUUUCGGGUGAAAUCGAGAAAGUUAAACCGUCAGCCAUUGCCAAAGGGCCAGGUUUGGCUGAUCUUUUUGAUCCAGGAGUUAAACAUGCAUUAGUUGUUGGUGUAGGGAUUCAAAUACUUCAGCAGUUUUCUGGCAUAAAUGGUGUCCUCUACUACACUCCACAAAUUCUCGAACAAGCGGGCGUGGGAGUGCUUCUAUCAAAUUUGGGUAUUCGUCCAGACUCUGCAUCUUUCCUUAUAAGUGGUUUCACAACUUUGUUGAUGCUUCCAAGCAUCGGUGUCGCUAUGAGAUUAAUGGAUGUUGCAGGCAGAAGGUCUUUGUUACUAUCCACUUUACCUGUAUUACUACUCUCACUCAUCGUACUAGUCCUCGGCAAUACCAUCAACAUGGGCUCAGUUGUCCAUGCUGUAAUCUCAACCGUGAGUGUUGUCGUCUACUUCUGCUGCUUUGUAAUGGGCUUUGGUCCCAUUCCCAAUAUCCUCUGUGCAGAAAUCUUCCCAACGCGCGCCCGCGGUGUCUGUAUUGCCAUAUGUGCACUGACUUUCUGGAUCGGAGACAUCAUCGUUACGUAUUCACUCCCUGUGAUGCUCACCUCCAUUGGCCUCCAGGGUGUGUUUGGCAUCUACGCUGUAGUUUGCGCCCUCGCAUGGAUUUUUGUUUUCCUAAAGGUUCCUGAAACUAAGGGAAUGCCGCUUGAAGUCAUCACCGAGUUUUUUGCAGUUGGUGCAAAGCAAGGUGAGCCAGGAGCUUAAGGUGUUUGUUGGUUUUGAUUUCUCUGGAAUAUGAACUGCAGAAUAGGCUGCAAAAAUUUGUUUUAACAUCGGUAACACGUUGAAAGCUAUCUUUCUCAAGGUUAGGGAUGGUCGGUUUAUUCGUUUAUCGUUUGAAUUUCGUUCAAGAUUGUCUUUUUGUUCUGCAGUCAUAAAGAUUUUUGUUUGUCAACAUGAGAUUAUCAAUCAAAUUGUUUGAUGCUUGAGUUUUUAUUA